UAACCUCAGCGGGAUGCGUAAAGUACGCUUAUCCGGCGCCAAAUUUUCAUCCCCACCCACACGCGCACAUACUCACCACGGAAUUGUAAGUUUAUUUUUUGCCCUCUGCGAACCCUAAUAUUCCCCACAACGCUUUCGGGUUUCGUUUCAUCACUCAGGUUAGAGUUAUAGCAUAGGAUGGCAUCUGUGUCUAGUCAGCCACAGUUCCGCUACACACAACCCCCAUCCAAAGUUCUCCAUUUGAGAAACUUGCCAUGGGAGUGCAUAGAGGAGGAGCUGAUUGAACUUGGCAAGCCAUUUGGUAAAGUUGUCAAUACAAAAUGUAAUGUUGGUGCAAACCGAAAUCAAGCUUUUAUAGAGUUUGCAGAACUAAAUCAAGCUAUUGCAAUGAUAUCAUAUUAUGCUUCUUCCUCAGAACCGGCUCAGGUACGAGGGAAAACCGUCUACCUACAAUAUUCCAACAGGCAAGAAAUAGUGAACAACAAAACCACUGCAGAUGUCGCUGGGAAUGUACUGUUGGUAACAAUUGAGGGUACUGAUGCACGCCUUGUCAGCAUUGAUGUUUUACACUUGGUUUUCUCAGCUUUUGGAUUUGUGCAUAAGAUUACUACCUUUGAGAAGACAGCUGGGUUCCAGGCUUUGGUGCAAUUUUCCGAUUCAGAAACCGCCUCUUCUGCAAAAGAUGCCCUUGAUGGAAGAAGCAUUCCGAGUUAUUUGAUUCCAGAAUUGGGACCGUGUACCCUUAAGAUCACAUAUUCAGCGCACACAGAUUUGACUGUGAAAUUCCAGAGUCACCGUAGCAGGGACUACACUAAUCCUCUCCUCCCUGUCGCUCCCUCAGCCAUAGACGCAACUGGUCAGCUUACUUUGGGUUUGGAUGGGAAAAAGCUAGAGCCUGAGAGUAAUGUUCUUCUUGCUUCUAUUGAGAACAUGCAAUAUGCAGUGACCUUGGAUGUUUUACACAUGGUCUUUUCUGCUUUUGGGCCUGUCCUAAAGAUUGCCAUGUUUGAUAAGAAUGGAGGAGUUCAGGCUUUGAUUCAGUUCCCUGAUGUUCAGACAGCGGUUGUUGCCAAGGAGGCCUUGGAAGGACAUUGCAUAUAUGAUGGAGGGUUUUGCAAGCUUCACAUUUCAUAUUCACGCCACACUGAUCUCAGCAUAAAGGUCAAUAAUGAUCGAAGCAGAGAUUAUACAAUCCCAAAUGCUCCCAUGUUGAAUGUUCAACCCUCGAUUCUUGGUCAUCAACCACUUCCAAUGGGGGGUAUGGGCUCUCAUCAUCAAUACAAUGGGCCCCAGUUUCCCCAAGCUCCUGAAGGGCUUGCAGCACCUCAGCCUUCAGCAGGCUGGGGCACAGUGCCCCACCAGUCCAUGCCAGUACAGAUGAUGCAUAGUAACCACCCUUACAUGAGGCCUCCAACUACGACUCCUGAUAUGGCCCCCGGGAUGAUGCAGUUGCAUAGCCAAAAUGGCCUACGGCAUACAAUGCCCCCUUAUCAUCAUCCACAAUAACAAAAUUUUUUCAUGAAAUUCUUCUUUGUGAUCUUUGUGGGGAUGGCAAGCUUCAGCGAUAGUGUGGAGUGUGCUUGGUCAAAGAUGGAUGAGUCGGGACCAAAGUUGCCUAUAUGGGGAUCUUGUAUUUUCGAAGCCUAAUUUUUUUGUUUUGUUUUUGUUUUUUUUUUUAAAUUGUUAAAAUUAAAUUCUGAAAGUGAGAUUCAGCCAGUGAAUGGCUUGAGAAACAUUGUAGGUUUGCAACAAUGCUUAAAACUGUUUCCAUUAUGGUUAGUGUAUGAUAUCUUGAUACCUGCCAUUUUGUGACCUCUUAUAUAAGCUGGCUUAUAAACUGCAGGUAAAGGAGCCAUUAUGGGUUUUGGUAGGGAUUCAAAAAUGAAAAAUUUUCCUUUCCAUUUCAAA